AUGGGAGAAUCAUCAGAGUCACAACAACAACAACAAUCAUUCUUCAAGAAACACUGGGAAGGUUUUACUGAAUUUUGGGGCGAGAGAUUUUCCUUUCUUGAAAACUAUUCAAAAUUCCUCAGACGUGAUAAGCCACUUCCUACUUGGUCUGAUUCUGAUGUCCAAGAAUUCAUUGCUUCAGAUCCUCUUCAUGGCCCCGCUCUGAGGACUGCUAGGGAAGCAGCAAACUUUGGAGUUACAGGAAGUGUAAUUGGAGCAGUAUCAACUGCAGGUGUUGCCUGGAAAUAUUCAAGGAGCUUACAUGGUGCUGGGCUGUCCUUUUUAGCUGGAGGUGUUUUUGGUUGGACAUUUGGACAUGAAAUUGGAAACCACUGGCUGCAACUCUACAGGUUGGAUACCAUGGCAGCACAGGUUAAGUUCAUGGAGUGGUGGCAGAAGAAAUGUGGAGAGCGGUCUUAA